GUAUGUCGUGAUAACAAUUCACCUUGAGCAACAGAAAAAAAAGUUCCCCUCUCUCCGACAGCAGCGCACACACGCACUCAGCACUCUUUCUCUUUCUUUAUGCCACGACUAUACGACGAAGAACCACGGUCCAUAUUUAUUAUCCCCAACCCAUUCCGUGCACUUUCUCAUAAAGCACGACAAAUUGGUGUCUACUCAUCAGGCAUUUUGUUUGCGCUAGGUUGGUGGGUAUUCAUCGAUGCACUCAUCAUUUCAGCACAAUCGGACACAGAUGCAAAAGCCCACAUGGGCUUUGAAGAUUGGGUAUCUGGUAUAUUGUCGACAUUGGGUAUGGUUGUAAUCAACUUGAUUGACAAGUCACGGUUACAUGGAGAUGCAUAUGAAUAUGCAGGCAGCAGCCUGGUGUGGAAAGCUCGUUUGUUUCUAUUUCUUGGAUUUGCAUUGAUAGCGGGCGGAUUUGCGGGAUCUUUUUGCGUCCUGAUUAUCAAGUACAUUGUCUAUUUCGAGUCUGCUCAACCAUACACAUACUAUGGCGCAGCGAUUGUCGUCCAGUGUGGACUAAUAAUGAUCAGCACGGUGGUUCUUUGGAUUGCACAAAACACGCAAGAGGAGUUCGAGUACAAUAUGCGACUCUAAGAAACGCAAUGGAUGCGUGUGUGUGUGUGUGUGUUCGUUUUGCUGCGUCUGGAGAUGAUCAUGGUUAUCAAUAAGAAUAAAAAAAUAAAGGGGGGGGGGGCCACAACAAGUUAUAUUACCCUAAGGAUCGACGUAACAAGAUCACGCAAGACACAUCACACACAUCACACACCGAGCGCACAGAGUAUCCAAUAAUACACACACACACACACACACACACACUCGCACUAAAGGUGGAAAGGGAGGAGUAGAAGAAUAGGAAAGGAAGCAAAAG